ACCGCUCCGUUUCUUGUUGCUUGUGACAUAUAACACGUGUGAGUAUGAGACAGUUUAGUUUGGUUCGUUAUAUAGAUUAUGCCGGUUAUAAACAAAUCUUGAUUUAUAAAUUGUUUUUAUCGUAGAUAAAAGUUUUAAAAGAUGAAAGAGGUCCCGCUUACAAACUGUGAACGAAAUUUUAUAAACAAAUGUAUAGAAGAGGAAACGAGGUUAGAUGGCCGAAAAUUAUUAGAGCCACGUCCGGUGAAGCUUUACUUUGGCUCUAGCUGGGGAUGCUGUAUGGUAUCUCUUGGACAUACAAGAGCAGUAGUACAAAUAUCAUGUGAUAUACAACAGCCUAAAACAUCUCGUCCUAAUGAAGGUACGAUACGCAUAAAUGUUGAGCUCACACCUUUAGCAGCACAACAUUUUGAAAGUGGUAGACAAUCUGAAGCUGCCAUACUCAUCAGUAGGCAGCUAGAAAAAUGUUUUAAAGAUUCAAAGUGCAUAGACCUGGAAUCUCUUUGUAUUGUAGCAGAUAAAAAGAUAUGGAAUUUGAGAAUUGAUGUUAAUAUUAUAAAUCAUGAUGGAAAUCUGGUGGAUUGUGCUUCUAUAGCAACGCUUGCUGCUCUUAUGCAUUUUCAUAGGCCAGAUGUCACCUCUACUGGUAAAGAAAUUAUUGUACAUCCAGCUUCGGAAAAGGAUUUUCUACCAUUGACAUUGUUCCAUUAUCCAAUCUGUGUAUCCUUUAUAACUUUCAAGAGUGGCCAUACCAUAAUGGAUCCUACAUAUAAUGAAGAAAGAGUUGGCGUAGCUGAACUGACUCUCGGCAUGAAUUCUUAUAGAGAACUUUGCAGUUUGCAUUUUGAUUAUUUAACGAAAACUAUGACGAUUGAGGAUGUCAUAUCUGUAGUUUCUAAUGAUGCGGCUAAUUAUGCGACGAAAUUAGUGCAGCAAAUCAAAGAAGCGGUAAUCAAGGAUGUACAAUCGCGGUACAAAAAGGAUGACAGCAAUGUAUCUAGAUUUAAAGAGAGUAUUCAAGUGAAUAAAUUGACGACAACAAUUGGUGAUCAUAUUAGCAUUAAAUUACAUAAAUGGAACGCAACUACAGUCGAAAAAAGUGAGGACAAGAGUUAUAUUAUAAAUUGUGAAGAAGGAUCUGCUGAUUUAAUACCAGUUUUCGACGAAUCAGUAAAGGAAGAAACUCUUAGUAUAUAUGAAUCUGAUUCGGACAAUGAGAUUCUUAUCAAAUCACCAUCUCCAGAAAAAGAAAAAUAACCAUGGAAAUAAGCCAUGGGAAUAAAAUAGAAGAUAGUGAUUAGAUUCAUAUAGCAAUAUAAAAAAAA